UUAGUUUGCUAGUCCCAGUUCGCAGUUGUGACGCGGAUGGAGAAUGUCAGUUAAAAGUUAGAAAAAAAAUGGGUAACCAUCAUGGGCACGGGCACAAAUCGGGAAAUUCGACCCCAAGCUCUGGCGCAAGCUCCCAGGAUGGCUCGAGGAAGAGCAUAUCCAGGACGACGUCUGGUAACGACAUCGAAGAAAAGCAGCCCACCCAAUUCCAAAUAUUGCCCACGGAAAAAUUAGCCAAGAUUCUAACAGAAAAAGCCCAAAAAGAGGAAGGAGUCAGUGGAAUUACCCCCAAAGUUUUUACACAUUACUUAUUUCCGAGAUAUCCAGUUUUAGGCGAAAAACUGUUCGACUACUUUCACACCCACAGCAAGUCUAAAAAUUCGUACAUAGGAACCACGGCAUUCAAGCUACAAUGCGAGAAUUACUUAGCCAUAUUAGACGACGACGUGAUCCGGGACACUUUGGUGAGAAUGUGGGCGAGUCAAGGCGAAGAUCCCUCGGGCGAAGUAAUGACCCCAGAAGGUAUGACCUCCCUGCUCAUGUGCACGUACCACAUCAGCAUGGAUCACUACUCCGAGGGGCCACAGAUGUGCCUUUCGUCGAACAAGACGCUGAAGGCCGUCGUCGACAGUUGUUUUUAUUCCAAGAAGAGUCUAUCCGUUCAGUUUGUCUCGCACUGGAUCCAGAGCAACAUUCCUAGAAUACUCUUCCCGCUACAUAGAUACGCGGUGCAUUCUCUGGCUACUUCCUGGAGGACUCUGGAGGAGUGCGAGCAAUCGUUGGCUGCUGGUAAAUCUAGGGAUAUAGUGGCCUAUCCAGGUCUGGAACUAGCCACGCCCGUGUUGGAGCAACAAAACCCAUUUCCUCAAGCCAAACCGCACCCCCACAUGCUGACCAUGAGCAUGUCUUGGCUUUUGGCUGGAGCGCUACCACCUCUGUAUUCUCGUCCACAGAAAGCACAGUCGCCCAGCAACAGCGGUGUGGGGUUAGCGAGUAAGUCAUUCCUCUCGAAACUUGUCUGCGCCAUUCCCUCUCACUGGACGAUACUGUACGACUCGGACGAGAUGGGACUGGGCUCCAACAGGUUCCUCCAUCACGUCCUCAGUUACAAGGGACCGACCCUGGUCCUGUUAAGAGUACAAGACGGGCAGAAGUUCUGCAUCGCCGCUCCCAACGAGUGGAGAGAAUCUCACCAUUACUGGGGCGGGGAGGAAUGCGCCGUCUUCCAAUUGUUACCCAAGUUUCAUCUCUUAGAAAGAGGUGCAAAGAUGCUGUACCUGAAUUUGAGCGUUCGUGGGUAUCCGCAAGGCCUUCGCAUCGGUAAGGACCCCAGGGCUCCAAUUCUUACCAUCGAUGGAGGUUUUGAAAAGAUGGAAUUCCAAAAAAUACCCUACUACCUGGAGUGCAUCGAGGUGUGGGGUUGCGGCGACCACGUGAGCCUGGAAAGACAGUUGGAGGUGAAGAAGUGGGAGGUGAAGGAGGCGGAACGUCAACGGACCGUCAAGAUGAGCGCCGCCGACUGGCUGGACCACCCUGACCGUUACCUGUUAGAACUCGCCGGACGACCCCAGUACCACCAAAGCCAGACCUAGGCGCUGACCUAAUUAAGAUAGGAAAUCAAUUAGUGAUACCUUUUACUUAAUUUAUUCGACCGGUCGGGGAGGAUUUCAGUUUUCGCGCAACUAUCCGACGGCUAAAAAAAUUUAAGCGAAUAUGUAUUUUGAUAUCUAGAUUUAGGGUACGGAUUUGCUCGUCCUCGGCCCGGCUUGGUAUACAAAGUGUUUCGAUCAAAUUGGAUUCCUGAAAGGGUCGUGUAAUCCAAAAAUUUCGCUUUUGGAAUUUGUAACGUUGGACGAGUAUGUAUUGAGACAACUGGAUACUUAAUUUCGAGGCCUUUGCAGCUUUACUUAACUAUAUAUAAGCUAAAACGAGUAUGUACAUUUUAUGCCCUAGUUUCAGUAAACGUUAUCACUAUCUUUUUUUUUAUAUACACAAAAAUGGUGCAAGUUUGGUUAAAAUCUAACGUAUUUGCUUCUUGAAACGUCAAGGUGGUAAUCGUCCCCAACAAUCUAAUGUACAAAGUGAGCGGGAAACAGAAUUCUAACCUUGUAUGUUCGUUUUUGUCAGAAAUGGUUUUUAAGUGGCUCUUCCGCUAGUUCGUUCACUUAGCGACAUUUUUAAAUUUACUGUUUCUCAAAGUUUGUUGGAAUUUUUUUCAUCGUGAAAGUUCUCCGUAUGAAUGUAUAAAACAUCCCUUUACGAACGUUUAUUAUCAAAAUGUGACCUAGUUUAACUUUCACCUACCUUCACUCCUCUAUAUAUCCUCUAUAUCUAACAACUAAUGAAAUCAUUUCCAUCGUGAAAUCGGCCAUUUUUAGAAGUUUGUCUUGAGGAUUCUACAGCAAAUAGGCAACCAGCAAUACAUUUUUGUAGAUUUUAUUACACAGUUUGUCGAAAUAUGAAUUA